UGGACUUGAAUCAUAACUUUUCACAUACAACUUUGCCACUAGUGAUGGCUUCAACAUCAAUGCUUAGUUGCUUCUUCUUACUCAUCUUCCUUCCUCUCACUCUCAGAUAUCACACUGUUGCACACACUGCAUCAUCAUCGACAUGGGUCAAAGCUGGUUAUUACUAUUCUGCCAGUGAAAUCUCCGCUUCAGACAUCAAAUCCACACUCUUCACUCACCUCUUAUGCGCUUUUUCCUUCAUUAACUCGACCAACUAUAACAUCUUCAUCAACGCUUCUGAACUUCACAAGUUCUCAGCCUUCACCCAAACAGUUAAGUUCCAAAACCCAACUGUUUCAACGCUUCUAUCCAUCUGGGCUGGUGGCAGAGACAACACUUUCCUUUUCUCAAUGCUAAACCAAUCUUCUCAUAGAAAAUCCUUCAUUCAUUCUUCUAUUACAACAGCAAGGUCACAUGGUUUUCAAGGCAUAGAACUUAAUGGAGCAUCUCCAGUACCGGCUUCGGAGCUUGCCGAUUUCGGGAAACUUCUGGAGGAGUGGCGAGCUGCCAUAACUUCUGAGGCAAGAAACUCCAGUACACCUGAGUUACUGUUAGUGAUGGCGGGUUACUACCUUAGAGCUUCAGAUUCAACGAGUUACCCUUUUGAUUCAAUGCAGAGGAACUUGGAUUGGGUGCAUUUUCUGGCAUAUGAUUACUAUGUUCCUACAAAGAACAAUAUCACGGGUUUUCAUGCAGCUUUGUAUGGUCCAACUAAUUGGGACAACACUGAUUCUGGUAUCAAAGAAUGGAGAAGAAGGGGAUUCUCAUCUAACAAGCUUGUAAUUGGGUUGCCUUAUCAUGGAUAUGCAUGGACACUUGUGAAUCAAGGGGAGAAUUGCAUCGCGGCACCAGCAUCGGGACCUGCCAUUACAAGCGACGGUUCCAUGGGUUAUAAGUUGAUAAAGAGUUUUCUUAGAAGCUUCGGGAAUAAUGGUGUUGCUUCAAGAUUUAAUAACAAUUUUGUGGUGGAUGAGUUCACAGUUGCAGCCACCAUUUGGGUUGAUUUUGAUGAUGUGGAUUCAAUCAGAGCCAAAGUUUCUUAUGCCAAGGAAAAGGGACUUCUUGGCUACAGUGUGUUCCAACUUGCCAACGAUGACAAUUGGGUCCUUUCAAAGGCAGCUCAAGAAGUAGAUGAAGAUCAUCAUAAGAGGAGGUUGUUGAUAAUUGUUCUGCUAUCAACAGUAACUGUCAUAAUUCUGUUGGGAAUAGUGUUUUGCUACUGCCACAGUGGAACCGCAGCCACCAUUACAAAAGCAUUAUACAAAAUAAGGAAAUGUUUAUCAGGAGCUGAACAAGAUCAUGUAGAAGGGAAUGGGUCUGACUUGACUGCAUUCAGUUAUCUCACAAUCAAAAUGGCAACAAAUAACUUCUCAAGAGAUAAUAAACUUGGAGAGGGUGGAUUUGGCACGGUUUAUAAGGGAAAAUUACGAAAGGGGCAGGAGAUAGCUGUGAAAAGGCUCUCAGAAAGCUCGAAUCAAGGCCUAGAAGAGUUCAAAAAUGAAAUCACGCUUACAGCAAGAUUACAACAUGUGAAUUUGGUUAGACUUCUGGGUUACUGCACAAAAAGGGAUGAGAAGAUUUUGAUCUAUGAAUACCUACCAAACAAAAGCUUAGAUCAUUUUCUCUUUGAUCCAAGGAAAUCAAUUCUUUUAGACUGGAGCAAGCGUGCCAACAUCAUUGAAGGGGUUACUCAAGGCCUUCUUUAUCUCCAAGAGUACUCAAAUUUCACCAUAAUCCACCGAGAUCUCAAAGCCAGUAAUAUUUUAUUAGACCAUAAUAUGAAUCCCAAGAUAUCAGAUUUUGGGAUGGCAAGAAUUUUCAGGAAAUAUGACCUUGAAGCAAACACAAGCAGGAUUGUUGGGACAUACGGUUAUGUACCUCCUGAGUAUGUGAGAAAAGGCAUAUACUCGACGAAGUACGAUGUUUAUAGCUUUGGAGUUCUUCUGUUGCAAAUCAUAAGUGGGAAGAGGACUUCAUGUUACUAUGGACCACAUGAAAAUAUGAACCUGUUGGAAUAUGCAUAUGAGCUGUGGAUGGAGGGAAGAGGUGUGGAAUUUUUAGACCCUUCAUUAGAUGAUACAACAUCAGCGUGUAAACUCAUGAGAUGCAUGCAAGUAGCUCUUUUGUGUGUUCAAGAGAACUCUGCAGAUAGACCUUCCAUGUUGGAAGUUGAUUCAAUUCUCAAGAAUGAAACUGCAGCUAUUGGUAGUCCCAAAAUGCCUGGUUUUUCAGUGAAGAAACAUGAAGAUGAUGAGAAAGAAAGAUCCAUAAAAUAUGUUUCAAUUAAUGAUGUUACAAUUUCUCAAAUGAUACCAAGAUGAUGAUUGCAUGGAGCAGAACAUGCAAUGUAAUGCACAGAGAAAUUAUAUUUACACCACUCUGUAUAUUUUCCUUUUAUAAUAUAAAAGUGUAUAUAUCAUUCCGGUUAAUUUAAACCUUUCAUAAUAAU